AUGAGCUACUAUACUCAGCUCCAGGGCAAAUUCGCCCACAAGGUUGGCGAGCCUGUUCCUGAAUUCAACACCGAAUUCCCCGCCCACCCAGGCCUUGUCCACUUUCCCAUCGCCUUCAACGUCCUCUCCUGGGGCCUUGAUAUCUUGUAUGCUCUGACUACCAUCUAUGUCAAGCCGGCCUUCCUCACCACACGCUUCGGCUCCCCCGCGACCCUUUUGGACAUCACUCGCGUAUCCUACUUCCUCUUGUGCGCGGGCCUGAUCACCACUGUGCCUGCAAUCAUGUCUGGCAACAUCCAGCUGGUCGGCAUGAUCAAGAAGAACGGCGGGCCAUGGGAAAAAGAUGCGCAGGGAAAACAGAAGAGCACAAUGGUGCCACGGAUCAAGGCAACAAUCACACACGCCGUCAUGAACGAUUUGGUGUUUGUGGUCAACCUCUACAGCUGGUACUUGAGAAAGGACAAGGAGGGGGCCAUCAACUUGGGCAAGACGCCUACCCAGACCAACCUCCUCAUCAGCGUGGUCUUGCUGCCAGCCUUGAUCGCCUCGGCAAAGAUCGGCGGCACUCUCGUGUUCAACCACGGUGUUGGCUUGAACCUUGGCCGGAAGAAGUUUGACUAA